CGGCCGCCCGCCCCGGCCAGGCGCCCUUGCAGCAUGGGCUGGAACACCAAUCUCCGCUGGCGGCUGCCGGUCAUCUGCCUGCUCCUGCAGGUGGUCCUGGUGGUCCUCUUCGGUGUGUUCGUGCGCUAUGACCCGGAUGCCGACGCCCACUGGAUCGAGGAGAGGUUGUCUAAGAAUAUGUCCAGCGACCUUGACAACGAAUUCUACUUUCGCUACCCGAGCUUCCAGGACGUGCACGUGAUGAUCUUCGUGGGUUUCGGCUUCCUCAUGACCUUCCUGCAGCGCUACGGCUUCAGCGCCGUGGGCUUCAACUUCCUUCUGGCGGCCUUCGGCAUCCAGUGGGCGCUGCUCAUGCAGGGCUGGUUGAACUCUUUUGAAGGAAACUACGUUCUCGUGGGCGUGGAAAACCUCAUCAACGCGGACUUCUGCGUGGGCUCUGUCUGUGUGGCCUUUGGGGCAGUUCUGGGCAAAGUCAGCCCUGUCCAGCUUCUCAUCAUGACUCUCUUCCAAGUGACCCUCUUUGCAGUGAAUGAGUACAUUCUCCUCGAGCUGCUAGAGGUGAAGGACGCAGGGGGCUCCAUGACCAUCCACACAUUCGGUGCCUACUUUGGGCUCACAGUGACCCGGAUCCUCUACCGACCCAACCUAUAUCAGAGCAAGGAGAGGCAAAGUUCUGUCUACCACUCGGACCUCUUUGCCAUGAUUGGCACCCUCUUCCUGUGGAUGUUCUGGCCCAGCUUCAACUCAGCUGUGUCCAAUCAUGGGGAUGCCCAGCACCGAGCUGUCAUCAACACCUACUGCUCCUUGGCAGCCUGUGUGCUCACCUCGGUGGCGUUAUCCAGCGCCCUGCAGAAGAAGGGCAAACUGGACAUGGUGCACAUCCAGAACGCCACGCUCGCAGGAGGGGUGGCCGUGGGCACUGCUGCCGAGAUGAUGCUCAUGCCUUACGGCGCCCUCAUCGUUGGCUUCAUCUGCGGCAUCAUCUCCACCCUGGGUUUUGUGUACCUGACGCCAUUCCUGGAGUCCCACCUGGGGAUCCAGGACACAUGUGGCAUUCACAACCUGCAUGGCAUUCCUGGCAUCAUAGGUGGCAUUGUGGGUGCUGUGACAGCGGCCUGUGCCAACACUGAGAUGUAUGGGCAGAAAGGGCUUGCCCACGCCUUUGACCCUGAAAGUUUCAAAGCAAGCUGGACUGCAAGCUUGCAGGGCAAGUUCCAGGCUGCCGGCCUCUUCGUGUCACUGGCCAUGGCCCUGGUAGGCGGCUUCAUUGUAGGGUUCAUUUUGAAAUUACCAUUCUGGGGACAAGCCGCUGAUGAAAACUGUUUUGAGGAUGCAGUCUACUGGGAGAUGCCCAAGGAACAGAACAUUACCCACCAUUCUGAGGAUCCCACCCUCAAGCCCUCAGAACCUUAACCUCCCAGGGCAAGUGAGAAGCAGGCUCCACAGACUGGCGCUCCCCAAGAAGCCAGUGCCGAUCAAGCUGGGAACACAAGUGCAAGGCGAGCAGAAGCCCUGGCUGCUGACCUGGUCCAGGACGCCUCCACCCCUCCCUCCCCCUUCAUCCCAGGGGGCCUGCCUGGGAAUGGAGGAGGAGUUGUAGACAAAGUGGGCACCCAAGCCAGGUCCUGGCUGUAGGAGGCCUGCCAUCAGGAUCCUUGGUGGCCACAUCUUGAGAAAAGCAGGCCAGAGUGAGGCUGAGGGCUGGAGGUGGACCCGAGCCCUUCUAGGAGACAACUUAACUGCCGGCUGCCAACUACUGGGCUCUUCCACUCCCUGCCUGCCCCUCAGCCAAUACCUUCCACACCCACCGAGUCCCCCGGACCUCUCUGUGCCAUGCAGAUAGUGGCCUCCAUGAAUAAACGUUCUUGGUGUUCUUUGCAGAA